CUUUGAAUGUUUAGUGACACUCUUUGAUGCCUCCUCACGCCCCCCACAGGCUAGAGUAGAUCCAGCUCAUAUCCUCCGCCAUUACCAGUGUUUGAUGUAGACUUCCACAUAUAAGGAUGUGGUCGUUUUUUGCACGGGAUCCCAUAAAAGAUUUUAAUUAUGAGAUUUUACCGGAGACCCAAGAGGCCUCGGGAAUAUGGACUCUACACCGAGGCAAACGAAAGACGACUGGCGAGCCGGUGUCAGUCUUUGUUUACGAGGUGUCACAGGGAACGGAGGCCCAGACCCAGCUGGCCAAGGCAGCGUUCAAGCGCAUGAAGACGCUGAGACAUCCGAAUAUCUUGGCCUAUGUGGAUGGACUGGAGACAGAGAAAAGUUUGUACCUGGUUACAGAGCCAGUGAUUCCUCUCUCCACCCAUCUGAAAGCCCGACCUGAUAUGGGUGGUUCUGGAGAACUGGAGGUGUCUUGGGGUCUUCACCAGAUUGUGAAAGCUCUGAGCUUCGUGGUGAAUGACUGCCAUCUGCUUCAUAACAACCUGGGCAUUUGGACGGUGUUUGUGGACCGAGCCGGCGAAUGGAAAUUGGGAGGGCUGGACUACAUGACAUCUCAGCAGGGGGACACCUCAGGCUUACUCUCGCCCAGGACCAUACACCCUGACCUGGAGAAGUAUGACCCACCUGAGAACCCCAACAGUGGUGGAGAGAAAUGGGCUGGGGAUGUGUGGCGACUGGGUUGCCUUAUAUGGGAGGUGUUCAAUGGCCCUCUUGCUCGGGCAUCUUCCCUGCGGUCACUGGGAAAGGUCCCUAAGUCCUUGGUUCCGCAUUACUGUGAGCUAGUUGGAGCAAACCCCAAAUCCCGACCAAACCCGGCAAACUUCCUCCAGAACUGCCGUGCAUCUGGAGGUUUCCUCAGCAACAGCUUUGUGGAGAGCAAUCUCUUUCUGGAGGAAAUUCAGAUAAAAGAGCAAGCAGAGAAACAGCAGUUCUUCCAGGACCUGAGUGAGAAUCUGGACUCGUUCCCUGAGGAUUUUUGUAAACACAAAGUGCUCCCACAGCUUCUAACGGCCUUCGAGUUUGGCAAUGCCGGCGCUGUGGUCCUCACUCCUCUCUUCAAGGUGGGGAAGUACCUGUCGACAGAAGAGUACCAACAGAAGAUCAUUCCAGUCAUAGUAAAGAUGUUCUCCUCUACGGACAGAGCCAUGAGGAUACGGUUACUUCAGCAGAUGGAGCAAUUUAUUCAGUAUCUGAAUGAAGCUGCAGUCAACUCUCAGAUCUUCCCUCACGUUGUGCACGGUUUCACUGACACCAACCCUGCCAUCAGGGAGCAGACGGUCAAGUCUAUGCUCCUUCUGGCCCCCAAGUUAAACGAGGCGAAUCUGAACCAGGAGCUGAUGCGCCACUUUGCCAGGCUGCAGGCUCGUGAUGAGCAGGGCCCGAUCCGAUGCAACACCACUGUCUGCCUGGGCAAGAUCGCCCCCUACCUCAACUCAGGAACGCGGCAACGUGUUCUGAUCUCGGCGUUCUGUCGGGCCACUAAAGAUCCUUUCCCAGCGUCCCGCGCUGCAGGGGUCCUAGGCUUUGCUGCUACACACAACUACUUUAGUCUGGUGGAGAGCGCCGGCCGGAUCCUCCCCACGCUCUGCACGCUCACCGUCGACCCAGACAAGAACGUCCGAGACCAGGCAUUCAAAGCCAUUAAGAGUUUCCUCAGCAAACUGGAGACUGUAUCAGAGGACCCAUCCAAGCUGGAAGAAUUAGAGAAGGACGUCUUGGCAACGAGUCCCGGGGCCGCAACGUCCGCUGCCUCCUGGACUGGCUGGGCGGUGGGCGGAGUCUCCUCUCUCACCUCCAAACUCAUCAGGAACGUGCCGGCAGGUGCUGAAGGUGCGGCCAAGGAGAACGCUCCCGCAGCCACCGCCAACGCAGGGACCCCUGUCCCAGACGGGGCCAGCAAGGGCAACGCUGAACCAAAGGUGCCCAGGAAUCCUACCUCCACACCCCCCGCCAGUGAGCCUCAGGCUUCACACGCGCCAGAGGAGCCGGACGAGCCGGUCGGGGAUCGCUGGGAGGACGAGGACUGGGGCAGUCUGGAGGACACUGAGAAGGCCCAGACAGACCCUGAGGACUGGUCAACGGGUUGGUCAACGGUGUCAUCAGGCAAGAAGAAGGCCAAUGAGAGAACUCUGGGCGGGGCUUCCUCGGCGAAGAAGCAGAGCUCGGACUGGAGCAGCUCGGGCUGGGACGCCGACGACAGCUGGUCCAACGAGAAGGAGCCGGACAGCCAGGACCAGACCUCGCCGGCCGACGAGGGCUGGGGCAACGACUGGGACGAGGACGGCGGCCUGGGGGACAGCUUCAUCCCCACGCCCAGGGAAGGGUCCUCAGCGGCCGUCGCCCCCAAGAGCGAGGCUUUGCAAGAGGGCGUGCGGCUGGCCAGCGAGUACAACUGGGAGAGUGCCGGAGGGAAAGGAGAGAUGCAGAAUGACCUCUUCGCCAGCGUGUCCCAGAGGACGGCGCCAGCGAAGGCAGAUGAGGGCUGGGGAGCAGACACUGCAGGAGACUGGGGGGCCGAGGAGAACUGGGAGUCCUUGGAUGGGGAUCAAGGCCUCAGCAAGGCAGAGCUGGCCAAGAAGAAGCGCGAGGAGAGGAGGACUAAACUAGAGGCCAAACGGGCCGAACGCAAGGCGGUCAAGGGUCCUCUCAAACUGGGGGCCCGCAAACUGGACUGAGGCGGUGGGGUGGGGUGGGGUGGAGCAGGGUGGAAUGCCAAAAAGAGAAGGGAAUCGGUGGAGGGAUCCUACUGCGCUGUGAUUGAUCUGGGCUCAUAGUCAUCCAUUCAGGACAUUGCUGGAUAUGGCGUUGGGCUGGAAGAGUUUGAGUUGGAAAGCUAAAAACAUUCCGUGAUCCUGCAGAUGACAAAUUCCUGACGACAAUGGGAGGAGCAAGAGCUACGGACAUGCUAGUGCUUUCUUUCUUUCUUUUGCCCCCUGGCCGAGGCCAGAUGCCAAGGGAUGCAGUUUUCCCCUGUCACUCGCUGGACUGUGACCUAAGAUGAUCAACUAUGACUUUUUAUUUUGCAUCACAGCAGUUUUGUUGUCCUGGAUGUUUUUAUAAUAAAGCUGAUAUUAGAAUCUAUUUGUGUGCACCUAGCCGCACAACUAGCCAUAAAGUCCAUAAAGAAUCAAAUCAUUUUUACAGCAUAGAUAUAUAGAAUUAUUUAUCUCCAUAGCACCAUGAGUGUAUAUGUGGAAUGUAUGUUUCACAUAAUCCAAGUGCUUGGCUAAGCGUUGAAUGUUUACCAACCAAGCUGACUAUCUGGUUUUCAUGUACCCUACAUGCCCUUCCCAUUCUAACCGUGUGCCACUCCCUUUGACUUCAGAGACAUGAACUGAACAAUAAUUCCAACAUGAGACUAGUUAAUGGAGCCACAUGGGGAACGAGUCGAGUACUUAUGUAGAACAGGCCUACCCCUCAUGCAUGCCUCCCCACCAUGUGCUUGACAACAGUGCAGUGGCUGUCAGGUCCACAUGGGUUGUGGUUAUUAUGGUAAUAGUACAUUGUGUGAGCCUCAGGGCUGGGCCUCCCUUUACUGCUGGUGCUUGUGGACCACUGGCUUGCAAGCACUCAGCUGUCAGGUAUGCCCCAGAGACAUACACUUAGAACAGUCAAGAGUCAGAACUGGAGGAGUCUGGUUAUGGCUCCGAUUCUGACUGUUGGCAUUGACGAUUGAAGGGACACCUGGCAGACUGUAAAAUCACCAGUGUUAGGUUUGUGCCUUGUUUUUAUUUGGUGACAGUACUGUACUUGAAAGAGCAGGGGUUGUGUUGACUUCAAUGUCAGCUGUUGUGAGAGGUCAUACCCUUUUGAUCCUGUGCAAUAUUAUAUAACAAAGGGGGUAAUCAUGUGUAUGAUGCAAACAACUCCGAAAUACAGCUGCGAAUUAAAUGAAA